AUGACAAGUUUUCCUUCGUAUAAUGUAAGAAUUAGUAUACAGAGAACAUCACAACUGGAUCUCGUAGAUUGUUAUCAAAUUCUAAGAGACGCUUGUACCAGUUUAAAAGGACAAUUACAGCCAAAUGGGAAAUUCUUUAUGCCAGUUUUCACAUACGUGCUUAAUCCGAAAGCUAUAACGAUGGGUCAACUUUAUGGCGAGUAUGACCUUGAUACACAUGAGUGGACCGAUGGAAUUCUGUCGACCUUAAUCCGUGCAGGAACCGAAGCAACGGAUGGAAAUAAACGUUGGUAUGUUUUCGAUGGACCUGUCGAUGCAGUUUGGAUAGAAAACAUGAAUACUGUGUUAGACGACAAUAAGAAACUUUGUUUAACUUCUGGCGAAAUUAUGAAGUUAUUACCAACUCAGACAAUGAUUUUCGAAGUUGCUGAUCUCAGAGUUGCUUCUCCAGCGACCGUAUCAAGGUGUGGUAUGGUAUACAUGGAACCAGAGGGUCUCGGAUUAAAGCCUUUUGUUAAUUGCUGGAUUAAGUCUUUACCGGAGAAAAUACAGGAUUACGUGGAGACAAUAAAGAAACUGACGAACGAAUUAUUAUUUCCUGGUAUAAAAAUUCUACGCGAACAAUUAAGAGAAAUCGUAAGCACUGUGGAUUCAGCGAUAAUUAAGUCUUACAUAAAUCUCAUGAACUAUAGAAUCGGCCCUAUGGCUGGUCGAGAAGGCAAACCACCACCACCGUUCUCUUUUCAAAAAACAAUACCUGAUUUACUAUCUCCAUGGGCUGCUUUUGCUACGGUUUGGAGUUUAGGUGCUACUUGCGGUUACGAUGGUCGUUAUAUAUUUAGUACGUGGCUUCGAAGUGUACAAAAUUAUUUCCAACACAAAAUGCCAUUCCCUGAGGACGGUUUGGUAUAUGACUACAGAUUACACGAUGGUGGUUUCACCGAUCCGAUCGAAGGACAAGAUCCGAUUCCUCCGCAAUGGAUUAAAUGGUCAGACGAUAUAGCGAGGAUUAACAUAACUCCAGAAACUAGAUAUGCUGACAUUGAAAUUCCAACGAUGGAUAAUAUUCGACAUGCGACUUUGAUCGAAUAUUUAUUUAUAAACAACAGUAAUAUAUUGUGCAUUGGCCCAACCGGAAGUGGAAAGACUUUGACGAUUUCUACGAAAUUAUCUAGGAAUAUGCCCAAAAAAUUUAUUUGUGAUUUUAUAAUAUUUUCUGCAAGGACUACUGCUAAUCAAACUCAAGAUCUGAUUGAUGGAAAAUUAGAUAAAAGACGUAGAGACGUAUAUGGUCCACCGUUAUUAAAAAAGCAGAUAUUUUUUAUUGAUGAUUUCAAUAUGCCAGCUCUAGAAACAUUUGGAGCACAACCACCUAUCGAAUUAAUUCGACAAUUUAUGGACUUCAGCGGAUGGUACGACAGAAAGGAAAUCGGUAGCUUUAGACUGAUCGAAGACGUAAAUUUUAUUGGUGCCAUGGGACCACCUGGAGGUGGAAGAAACCCAGUAACCCCUCGACUUUUACGACAUUUCCAUUUCAUUGCAUUUCCAGAAAUGGAGGACGAUGCCAAGGCGAACAUCUUUGGGAUUAUUUUAGAAUCUUGGCUCUCGAGAACACCAACUUAUAUUAUUUUAUUAAAGUCGAUAGUAGAUAUUACACUGAACGUAUUUGCCACAAUAUGCAGAGAACUAUUACCAACGCCUGAUAGAUCUCAUUACACUUACAAUCUUCGAGAUCUUAGUAAAGUAUUUCAAGGUAUUCUCAUGGCAGAUCCAACGAAAGUUAAUACUUAUGAACACUUAUUUUUGUUGUGGUAUCAUGAAAACACGCGUGUCUUUAGCGAUCGAUUGAUCAACCAGGAUGAUAGAGAUUGGUUCAGCAAUCUUUUAACUGACACUUUAAAGAAACAAUUUGAUUAUGAUAUAACCGAUCUUACAAAAGAUAAAGUUUUAUUUUAUAACGAUUUUUGUGGAGCUCAUGGACAAUACGAACGAAUCACCAACUUCCGAAAGAUAGAACGCGUUCUCAUUGAGUUUUUAGAAGAUUAUAACAAUAUAACAACAGCUCCAAUGAAAUUAGUAUUAUUUCAAGAUGCUGUGGAUCACAUUUGCAGAAUUAUUCGUAUUCUUCGACAACCUCGAGGAAAUGGUCUUUUAUUAGGAAUGGGUGGAUCAGGCCGACAAAGCUUAACGAAGCUUUCUUGUCAUAUACGAGAGUAUAACUGCUUCCAAAUAGAACUCAGUAAAGCUUAUUCAAAUCAUGAUUGGCGUGAGGAUAUAAAAGACAUGAUGCUAAAAACAGGUUUAGAAAAUCAAAUAAUGGUUUUCCUAUUUUCGGAUACUCAGAUAAAAGGCGAAUUCAUGUUGGAGGAUUUAAACAAUAUAUUAAACAAUGGCGACGUACCAAAUAUAUAUAGUUCCGAGGAAUUGGAAAGAAUAUUUCAAGCCAUGCGUGGCCCGGUUCAGCAGGCUGGUUUACAAAUCAAUAGAAGCAAUCUCUUUUCAACAUAUCUGAAAGUGAUCAGAAACAAUUUGCAUACUAUUAUUACGAUGAGCCCCAUCGGUGAGUUAUUUCGGGCUCGCAUUAGGCAAUUUCCUGCUCUCGUGAAUUGCUGUACGAUCGAUUGGUUCUGUCCGUGGCCGGAUGCAGCUCUACAGGCUGUUGCAAUGUAUUUCCUUGCGGAUAUUAAAGAUGAAUCCAUUAACGAGGCUGUUCUGAAUUCAAUUGUAAAGACUUGUCAGUUUAUGCAUUCUAGCGUGAUAAAAGCUAGUGAUAAUUUUCUGAUGGAAUUGAAUCGACAUAAUUACGUAACGCCUACCUCUUAUUUACAAUUACUAUCCGGUUAUGGUGGUCUCCUUUCUAAAAAGAAACAAGAGCUACAUUCUGGAAUGAGUCGUCUAUCAACGGGCUUAAAUAAGCUUAUAAGCACGGAGGCGGAAGUAAAGGAGAUGCAAGGUAUCCUCAAGGCAAUGAAACCUGAUUUGGAACAAGCGGCAGUGGCAACCGCAAAAAUGAUCGUUCAAAUCACAAAAGAUACUGCUGAGGCUGAGCAAACAAAAGCAGAGGCGAUGAAACAGGAGGAGGUUGCUACGAAAUUAAAAAACGAGAACCAGAUAAUCAGAGAUGAAGCUGAAGCUGACCUAAGUGAAGCCAGACCAAUGCUCGAUGCUGCUGAAGCAAGCUUAAAAGCGUUGAACAAGGGUGAUAUUACGGAGGUGAAAGCUAUGAAAAGACCACCAGUUGGAGUACUUCUUGUUAUUGAAGCUAUGUGUAUCGUGAAUAACGUGAAACCUAAUAGGUUAGUAGGUAAACAACCUGGCGAAAAGAUACUAGAUUAUUGGACACCCGGUAGCCAGAUGCUGGCAGAUCCCGGACAUUUCUUAAACAUGAUGGUAAAUUUUAAUAAAGAAAACAUCACCGAAGAAAUGAUCAACAAACUGAGGCCUUAUGUUGAGAAUCCAAACUUUCAACCUCCAAAGAUUCUUCAAGUUUCUAAAGCCUGUCACUCACUUUGCCUCUGGAUUCACGCUAUGUAUAACUAUUACUUUGUAAAUCUAAAAGUAAAGCCAAAAAUGGAGACAUUGGCAAAGGCCGAAGAAGUAUUAGCGGAAACUGAGAAAGCUUUACUUGCUGCUAUGAAUAGAUUGCAGGAAGUAGAGAGGAGAGUACAAAAUCUUAAAAAUGCCUUGCAAGAUAAGGAAGAUAAAAAAGCAGAAUUAGAGAGGCAAAAGCAGCUUUGUGAGGAAAGAAUGGCAAGAGCGGUUAAACUUGUCAGUGGGCUUGCGGAAGAACAACAACGAUGGACGUUCACUCUUUCUGAAAUGAAAAUAUCUUUACAAAAUGUCGUCGGUGAUAUUUUGUUAUCUUCUGGUGCGAUAGCAUAUCUGACAGCCUUUACCGAUGUUUAUCGAAAAAGUCUUUUGACAUCUUGGUACGAAGUUAUAGGCGAGGGAGUACCUCAUACACCCAACUGCACACCCAUAUCGACGUUAGGUGAUCAAGUACAGAUAAGAAAAUGGCAAUUGGAUGGCUUACCAAGGGACCUUGUUUCCGUUGAAAACGCUGUACUAGUAAUGCACUCGGAACGAUGGCCACUGUUUAUUGAUCCGCAAGGACAAGCCAAUAAAUGGAUACGUAAAACGUACAAAGACGUUGGUUUAUCCAUUACAAAGAUGAUGAGCAAGGAUAUUUUACAUGUGCUUGAAAGUUGUAUUCGAUUUGGUAAACCGUGUUUAAUAGAAAACGUUGGUAUCGAGUUUGAAUCCGUUCUAGAUCCUAUUCUUAUGCGAUCGUAUUUCAAGCACGCUGGGCAAAUAAGUAUUAAAGUAGGUGAUAACGUUGUCCCAUAUAAUCCAGAGUUUCGUCUCUUUUUGACGACGAAAUUACCAAACCCUCAUUAUAUGCCGGAAAUAUUAGUAAAGGUGUUGCUGGUAAAUUUUGCAUUAACAGCUAGCGGUCUCCUCGAUCAAAUGAUGAGUUUAGUGACGAUACAAGAACGUCCAGAUCUCGAGCAAAUUCGAAAUUCUCUUAUAGUAUCUAAUGCGCAAAUGAAGAGCGAUUUAAAGGAACUCGAAGAUAGAAUUCUGUAUAAGUUAACAACUUCCGAGGGCUCAACAGUUGACGAUAUUGAUUUAAUCUUAACGUUGGACGCUUCUAAAGCAAAGAGCGAAGAGAUAAAGACGAAAGUUAAAGCAGCGGAAGAAACUCAAGCGGAUAUAGAAUCUACAAGGUCAUUGUACAUUCCCGUUGCGGAUAGAGCACAAAUACUAUUUUUUUGUCUUUAUGAUUUACAAUAUAUAGAUACGAUGUAUCAGUAUUCUUUGGAAUGGUUUAUCUCCAUCUUUAACAACAGUAUACUUUCCGUCGAGAAAUCUAGUGAUCUUAAUGAACGAAUCGCUAACAUUCUAAAAUGCUUUACUUUCGACUUGUUUUGUAACGUUUGUCGGAGCCUAUUUGAAAAGCACAAAUUACACUUUGCGUUCCUUGUAUGUGCGCGUAUUCGUAUUAGUGCAAAACUGAUAGAUUCCGUCGAAUGGAAACAUUUCUUAACUGAAGUCGUCCCUAUUUUAAAUUUACCAAACCCAGCUCCAACAUGGAUAUCACCGCGAUGCUGGAAAGAGAUUCAAGCUUUAGAAAUUCUUCCGAAUUUCAAAGAAUUUGUUACAUCCUUUCAGCAAUUAUUGAAUCAAUUUCAAUAUAUAUUCGAUAUGCAGGAAGCACAUUUGAUUGAGUUUCCUGAACCCUGGCAAACGAAACUGGAUGACUUUCAAAAGAUGUUAGUCUUGAAGUGUCUUCGUCCUGAUAAAAUUAUCAAUGCUAUACAAAUGUAUUUGGGUAAAUAUUUGGGUAGUCAAUUCGUGGAACCACAAGCGACGGAAAUCAGUGCACUUUACAAGGAAUCAACUCAGAUAACACCUUUGGUAUUCGUGUUAUCCACUGGUACAGAUCCAGCUGCUCAGUUAUACACAUUUGCAGAAAAGCAAAAGAUGGAUAAAAGAUUAUUCUCUAUUUCCCUUGGACAAGGACAAGGUCCAAGAGCGGAAGCGAUGUUAAAGCAAUGUGCAGAACUUGGAAAUUGGGUAUUUUUUCAGAAUUGUCAUUUAGCACCAAGCUGGAUGCCGAAUUUGGAAGCGUUGGUUGAAAUUUUAACAGAAAAAACGCAUCGUGAUUUUCGUUUAUGGUUGACCUCUGCUCCGUCGCCAGAUUUUCCCGUAAGCAUUUUACAGAAUGGUCACAAAAUGACGAUCGAGCCACCAAGAGGUAUAAAGGCUAAUAUGUUUCGAGCAUAUUUGACGCAAGUUAUCGAAAUGAAAAAUUUUCUUGAAUCGGAACAUCCAAAAGUAGAAUCGUUUAAAUAUCUCGUUUUUUCUUUAUGUCUGUUUCAUUCUAUUUUAUUGGAAAGACGCAAAUUCGGCUCUCUUGGCUUCAACAUACCGUAUGAAUUUACAAGCGGAGAUUUAGCUAUUUGUUUGUCACAAUUACAUAUGUUCUUGAUGGAAUAUACGAUUAUACCAUUCAAGGUUCUUAUCUAUACGGCUGGACAUAUCAAUUAUGGUGGACGAAUAACGGACGAUUGGGAUCGCAGAUGCGUUUUAACGAUAUUAGAGGAUUAUUAUAAAGUCGAAGUAGUUGCAACCUAUUUUCGUUUCGAUAACAACGGGAUUUACUAUCAAUUACCAGCUGUCAGCACAUUUAACGAUUACAUAGAAUAUAUUACAACUCUUCCUCUCAAUGACGAUCCAAUGCUUUUCGGAAUGCAUUCAAAUGCAGAUAUAAGUUUUGCACAAGCCGAAGCUUAUAUAUGUCUCGAAACGCUACUUAAUUUACAACCAAGAGAGAUUAGUAGUGUAACCGUAAGCGAUGAAGAUAUCGCGGCUCGUCAAGCGCGAGAAAUGUUAACUACGUUACCCGAGUCUUUUGAUUUGAUUGCUAUACAAAAGAAGUAUCCUGUUCUGUAUCAAGAAUCAUUUAAUACAGUACUCCUGCAGGAAGCUAAACGAUACAAUGGAUUAUUAACAGUGAUAAGAUCAUCGUUGAAUGAUCUAUUAAAAGCAUUAAAGGGAUCAGUUGUAAUGUCUGAAAUUUUGGAAACAAUGAAUAAAAAUAUUUCUAAUAAUAAGAUACCAGUAAUUUGGCAAGAUAAAGGUUAUCCUUCUUUGAAACCACUUGGAGCUUGGUAUCUCGAUUUGAAAGAGCGCAUCGAUUUUAUUAACACUUGGUACGACAAAGGUAUACCACCGGCUUUUUGGAUUUCUGGAUUUUAUUUUCCACAAGCUUUUCUAACAGCUACUCUACAAAAUUAUGCGCGGAAAUAUGUUAUUUCCAUCGAUACGAUCGACUUUAAUUUUCAGGUAUUGGCUUCAAAACCAACGCAUAAACCAGAAGAUGGUUGUGUAAUAUACGGAUUAUUUCUUGAGGGUUGCCGAUGGGGUGGAAUCUAUUUACAAGAAUCACGUCCAAAGGAAUUGUAUACCGAGAUGUCCCCUAUCCUUUUACUCCCAGAAAUAGAUCAUCAAGUGUUCGAGGAUAGGGUUUAUAUAUGUCCCGUAUAUAAGACGAUUGCACGUGCUGGUACUUUAAGUACAACUGGACAUUCGACCAAUUUUGUUUUAGCUAUGGAAAUACCAAGUCAAAAUACACAAGCACAUUGGAUUAAACGAGGCGUAGCAAUGAUAUGUGCGUUAAAUUAUUAAAAAUUCUUUUUACAUAAUUAUGCAUGUUCAUUAAUAAAAAAAGAAAAAAAAAAGAAAAAGAAGUAUUUUUACAAGUUACGAACUUUCAUUUAUGACGAAUACAAAUGAAACGUUUUUUUUUAAAUUGUAUUUACGAUUGUUGAUAAUAUAGAACAUUAUCAUUUUUCGAUAAUAUAGAACUCGUAAUCCGAUAUUACUUUUAUCGAUAAUGUAGAGUCCGUCUUUACGUUUACAUUUAUCGAUAAGAUACGAUUAGACUUAAAAUUAUCAACCGAUGAAGGUCCAAGCACAUUACCAAUCGCUUUAUACUUUUAUUUAUUACUAUUUUUCACAAUUCAUCCAUUUUUAUCAAUAUUAACUAACUCCGACAAAAUAUUUUUCGAUACUGU